AUGGGGAUCAGAGAAAAAACUCUUUUGCUCGUCGCUGGCAAUGAGGAAAUAUCUAUGCUGUCGGGAACAUCUCUAGUGCAUGUCUUGUCUCCAGAAAAAGGCUACAUAGUAAAGAGGGCAUUUCCAUCCAACACAUUCAUAGUAAAGAGAGGCACUAAAUAUAUAAAGAUCGACCAUAUACUAGAACUUGUUGAAAACCCAGUGGACCUCGAAAAAAUUUACAGUUUUGUUCCUCCCAGCUCGAUAUGGAACCUGCUUCCUCCAGUAGAUCUCAAAAACCAUUUUUUCUUAGGCGAUACCCAGGUAAGAUUUGUGGAAAAAGAGUUAAAACUACUAAAACUAGAUGGUGGGCAUACAAGAAUCAGCUACAAAGACAUAGCAGAUGUGGUUUGCUACAUGAGCAGCAUUAAGGAGUGUGACGACUUCCACCUCAGAAUGGACAUCUAUCCACAGAUAAUUAAGGAGUGGGCCCUGGAAAACUUCUCAGGAGACUCAAUAGAAAUAGGGCUUUAUUGCCUAUUGGCAUGCGACGAAGAGGGUGACAUGGCCAGCUUCUUAAAACGAUGGAGGGACUCAUCCCUAGAGGAAACGAACGUUGAAGAUCUCAUCCAUCGAAUAAACACCACAUUCAUCAUCCAGGAGAAAAAGAUAAGGAUACAACAGUAUCUUAAUAAACUGAUUGGAUAG